AUGGUGCUUCCGAACAUCCUGCUCACCGGUACACCAGGAGUUGGAAAACCCACACUAGCCAAAGAACUUGCAUCCAGAUCAGGACUAAAGUACAUUAAUGUGGGUGAUGUGGCUCGAGAAGGGGCAUUAUACCAUGGCUACAAUGAAGAGCAUGAGUGUCCCAUUUUAGAUGAAGAAAAAGUAGUUGAUGAGUUAGAGAACCACAGGGCAGAAGGUGGAGUUACUGUUGACUACCAUGGUCGGGAUUUCUUUCCUGAACAAUGGUUUCAUGAAGUUUUUGUGUUGAGAACAGAUAACAGCAUAUUAUACAAAAGACUUGAAACAAGGGGUUAUAAUGAGAAGAAACUAGGAGACACGAUCGAGUGUGAGACUUUUCAAGUUCUUUAUGAAGAGGCCAUGUUAUCAUACAAGGAAGGUGUCGUGCACCAGCUGCCCAGCAAUAUGCCUGAAGAGCGAGAGGACGACAGAAACCAGAUCUUGAGAUGGACUGAGCAGUGGGUCAAAGCUCACAGCCCGGGCCUGGUCACCGGGUGGUCCUCUUACUCCACUCGGUUGGUCGCCAGCCUGGCCAACUCCAGUCUCCUGGGCCUGGGCCUGUUGAGAAGGCCUCGUGCCACUGGGUCUGCUACCAGCAACCCGUUCUGGGCCUCCGAAGCCCUGCCGGUGCAGAGCUCUCGGGCUCCUCCGAGCCCAGCCGAGCCUCCGUGGGGCCGGGGCCUGGUGGAGCCGCACACCGAAGCCUUCCCUGCGCUCGCUGGGGUCCUCACUGGACCCCCGGUGGACCAGGUCUGCGACACUGAGGACAGCGAGGUGGACAGGGCCUCACCAGUGUGCGGGCACCGCGGUCACGCGGGGCAAGAGGCCACGCCGAGCCCCCAAGUUGCUCCGUGGGUCCUGCCCUUGGGAAGCCCCGACUCCGGCGAGAAGCCCGGCUCGCUCGGGACCUGUGCCCUGAGCGCCGACCUCGCGCUGAGGUUCCCGGGGUUAAGCGCCCACCUCUGA